AUGGGGGGAAGGGGGUUGUUUUGUGGUGAAGGGAUUGGAAUAAGGGGCAUAAUGGUAAUUACGUUGGGAGUGACUGUGACUCUUAUUAGAUUUGGGGUGCUUGUGGAGGGUAAGUUGUUCUCUAAACAGAAGAUUUUGGAAGCCGAAAGACAAUUAAACCAACUUAGAAGGCCUGCAGUUAAAACCAUUCAGAGUGAAGAUGGUGAUAUCAUUGAUUGCAUUGACAUCUACAAGCAGCCAGCUUUUGAUCAUCCUGCUCUCAGAAACCACACCAUCCAGAUGGCACCAACAUAUGACACAACCAAGGAGACAAAGACAAUGGAAAAAAUGGACAGAUGGAAGAAGAGGAAUGAAGAAAAAUCUCCCAUUACAGUGAAGCAAAGAUGGCACAAAAGUGGAAGCUGUCCUCAGGGGACAAUCCCGGUCCGAAGAAUCCAGAAAAAGGAGCUUCUGAGAGCCAGCUCGGUUAAGGACUAUGGAAGAAAGAAGCACAGUUCUACCUUGUCUCGUCAUGUUCCACAGUUAAGUGACAACAAAACUGUGUACCUUCAACGAGCAAACCACUCGAAGGCAAUAUUGUUUACAGAAGGGUAUAGAUAUAAUGGAGCCAAAGGAGACAUCAAAGUUUAUAACCCAUCUGUCGAGCUUGAUGAUGAAUACAGUACUUCUCAAGUUUGUCUCAUAAAUGGUGCUUAUUAUGACUUUGAGAGUGUUGAAUCUGGAUGGGCGGUAAAUCCCAGCAUAUACGGGGACAGACAGACUCGAUUUUUCGUGUAUUGGACUGUUGAUGGCUCACAGAAAACUGGUUGCUUUGAUCUCACUUGUCCUGGAUUUGUUCAGACUAGCCAUGAAAUUGCUCUUGGUGCAGCAAUCCAUCCAAUCUCUGUUCCUCAUGGGCUUCCAUAUCAAAUAAUUGUCUACAUCUACAAGGAUCCAGUAACAAGCAACUGGUGGGUGCAAUAUGGGGAGAAAAUUAACAUCGGUUACUGGCCGCCGGAGCUGUUUGUUUUAUUAAGCUACCAUGCAACGAGUGUUGAAUGGGGAGGUGAAGUUUAUAGCUCAAGAGUGGGAACUACGCCUCACACAAGAACAGAUAUGGGCAGUGGACACUUUGCUGAGUCAUCAGUUUGGGGGACUUCAGGCGUCAAUAAAAAGAAUUCGAGUACAUGA